CAGCCGGCGAGUUUCAGCGACUAAGAACAAGCUCACCAGAUGUAUUUUGUGCCAAAUGAUUGAAAGAAUUCAUUCAUUCAACCAAAAAUUUUUCGAGUAAUGAAUGCCAAAUGUCGAACAUUGUAAGUCGUCUGCUCAGCCAAUAAUAAUAAUAAUAAUAACAACAUAAACAGAACCUAUUACGAAGAAUCAUAGCGAAAUUGUAGACUCGACACUAUGGCUCUCGCAAGAAAACCCGGAACUCGAUUGGCCCCUGAGGUCAAUCGCAUUCUGUAUGUGCGCAAUCUUCCGUAUAAAAUUUCUACCGAGGAAAUGUAUGAUAUUUUUGGGAAAUACGGCGGUAUUCGCCAAAUUCGAGUGGGAAACACUGCUGAAACUCGAGGAACGGCGUUUGUUGUGUACGAAGACAUAUUCGACGCGAAAAACGCUUGCGAACAUCUUUCUGGCUUCAACGUGUGCAACCGUUACCUGGUAGUGCUUUAUUAUCAGCCUAAUAAGGCAUUCAAAAAGGUUGACGUCGAUAAGAAAAAAGAAGAAAUGGACAAUAUAAAAAGAAAAUAUGGUAUGGACUAGUUGACCGCGCGUAUAAAUUAUCGUUCAGCAACAAAAUACCCAUGCGUCGUAUACAUGUAAAAUGUUGUAUAUAUUAAGUAUGUGUAACAAUAUAAACACUCUAUAAAUAAAGCGUAUUCGAUA